CCUGGACAGAAAGAAUGUUCUCCCCGCCCAGGGGCGGUCGGUGGGCGUGGAUGCCGGCCGGCGUCAAGUCUUAGAAAUAGCCUCAGUCGGCGAGGCAUCAGUGCAGUACCAGAGAGAGAAACGAAAAGGAGAGACUCGGCAGGCUGACAUUCUCUGGCACUGAAAGCUCGCUUGCAGGCGUGCGUCUUCAGGCAAAAAGGUCGGGUGGGGACAGCUGGUUUGCUCACAGUCAUCUUGGAACCUCGCGAAGCCUUUGUAGCAUCCGUCACCAGAGCCACGGGGCAGCCCCCUAACUCAGCGUUGCUCGUGCAGCCGCUCCGAGGGUGGGGACGAUUAAUUAGUCUGAGAUCUGGGAAGAAAGCUCAGGUUUAGAAUUUUUGCCUACGCGUUGCAAGACUCGUGUUUUGCAAGACUUUUUUGGGGGUUGUUUUUAAAGAUCAAAGAGUGUGGUUGUAUCUACCGGUACGCAUCCUCCACCCCCUCUUCCCGCUUUGUCUUGUGAGGUCUUUUGAUUUCAAAUUUGACCUGUAAAUUUAGUGAGUUUGGACAGGGAAGGGGUGGUGCCACACCGAAACCUCGCAGUGAAGAUGCCCAUGGAGCUGACUCAGAGUCGGGUGCAAAAGAUAUGGAUUCCUAUCGAUCACCGUCCUUCGCUGCCAAGACCCUGUGGACCUCAGCUGACCAAUUCCCCUACGGUGAUUGUCAUGGUUGGACUCCCAGCUAGGGGAAAGACUUACAUGUCCAAGAAGUUGACACGCUACCUCAACUGGAUUGGUGUCCCCACAAAAGUUUUCAAUGUCGGGGAGUACCGCCGGGAAACCGUGAAGGCAUUCAGUUCUUAUAGUUUCUUUCAUCCUGACAACGAAGAGGCCAUGAAAGUUCGGAAACAAUGCGCGAUAGCUGCCUUGAAAGAUGUCCAGCUGUAUCUGAAAGAAGAAGGCGGUCAGAUUGCAGUUUUUGAUGCUACCAAUACCACAAAAGAGAGAAGAGAUAUGAUCCUUGAUUUUGCAAAAGAAAAUGACUUUAAGGUGUUUUUCAUCGAGUCUGUGUGUGAUGACCCUUCUGUAGUCGCCUCCAACAUUAUGGAAGUUAAACUCUCCAGCCCCGAUUAUAGAGAUUGCAGCUCAGCAGAAGCCGUCGAGGACUUCAUGAAGAGAAUUGAUUGCUAUCAAGUCAACUACCAGCCUCUUGACCCAGAUAACGAUGAUAGGGAUCUGUCACUGAUCAAGGUGCUUGAUGUUGGCCGACGAUUCCUGGUAAACCGAGUCCAAGAUUACAUCCAGAGCAGGAUAGUCUAUUACCUGAUGAACAUCCACGUCCAGCCCCGGACCAUCUACUUAUGUCGCCAUGGGGAGAGCGAGUACAACAUCCUAGGGAGGAUUGGUGGUGACUCUGGCUUGUCUGUCCGGGGGAAGAAGUUCUCCGUUGCCCUGUGCAAGUUCCUUGAGGAGCAGAAUUUGAAGGACCUUAAGGUAUGGACCAGUCAGCUUAAAAGGACCAUCCAGACAGCAGAAGCCCUUAAGCUACCUUAUGAACAGUGGAAGGCCCUCAAUGAAAUUGAUGCUGGAGUCUGUGAAGAGAUGACCUAUGAGGAAAUCAAGGAGACUUAUCCUGAGGAAUAUGCUCUCCGUGAUCAGGACAAAUAUUAUUACCGCUACCCUACUGGAGAGUCUUACCAAGACCUAGUUCAGCGCUUGGAGCCAGUGAUCAUGGAGUUGGAGAGACAGGAGAACGUAUUGGUGAUUUGCCACCAAGCUGUCAUGCGUUGCCUUUUGGCCUAUUUUCUGGAUAAGAGUGCAGAUGAAAUGCCGUAUUUGAAAUGUCCCCUCCACACAGUGUUGAAAUUGACACCUGUGGCAUAUGGUUGCCGAGUGGAAUCUAUUUAUUUGAAUGUGGAAGCAGUAAACACACACCGGGAAAGGUCAGAUGAAGCAAAGAAGGGACCUAACCCGCUCAUGAGACGCAAUAGUGUUACCCCACUAGCCAGCCCUGAGCCCACCAAAAAGCCUCGCAUCAACAGCUUUGAGGAACACGUGGCUUCUUCUUCUACUUCCCUGCCCAGCUGCCUGUCCCGGGAGGUAUCCACACAAAACCUGAAUAACUCACAGAACCAAUCUUGACUCUUCCUGGAAAUCUGAAACAAAUGAAACCAGUUGCAUUCCGUUGCCAUUUCUGAAGCUUGGCUUGUGCUCCUCCAUUUAACCUGAGGCCCAGAUAAUCCCAGCUGCUUCUUCCAUAAACUGUUGGGGUGAGGGCGGGGCUUAUCAAAUGAAAAUUCAGUACUCUUGACUCUGAUCAUCCAGCCAUGUUGUGGUGACUUAAAGGCAGUGUAUAGCUCUCCUAAUGUAAAAGAACCCACCGUUUUUCAUUUUACUUCUUUCCUAUUUUUUCUCAUCAUCCCAUUCUUCAUUUUCAGUGGAUAUCUAUGGCAACCUUUAUGAAUAGACUUUGGAAGUGUGGGGAAGGGAAAAUUAGCUGAGAAGAGAAUGUCUCUGCUUUUCCCCCUUUCUGCCUUAACCAGGAGAUGUUUCAGAAUGGCAGGUCUGAAUUUCUUAAGGUUACAAGAAAAUCCAAGAUGGCUGGCCUCCUAAAGAAACCAUCUGCUUUUUUUGUCUUGGCCUCUGAAGACAAUACUUCAUUAGAAGUGGAACUAGCAAAUAAUGGCUUGGAGGUGGUGUACCCAAUCAAAAUCUGCAUUUGGAGAAGUAGACCUCUUCAGGAAUUCCUGAGUCAGAAAUCUGCCUUGACUAAAGCAAGGACAUUACUCUCCAUGUAUAUGUUUUCAUUCAGAGUCUCUGUUCUUUUCUGUAAGCCAAAUGUGAGGAUGGACACCCAUCACCCCUUGCACAGGAGGGAUGUUUUUCUGAGUUUAGCAAGAUACCUUUCUGUUUGAACUGCUUAUAUUUGCACCUUUUCUGGAAGAAGUAGGAUGAGAAAUUUGUGCCAUGGAAGUUGGACUUUGAGUCUGCAUCAUAGGAGCUAUGUCAGAUUGUGAAGGAAGCAUGAGGAACUGGAAAUACCGACAGGGUUAGGAAACAUCUGCAGGGCAAGGCUUGUUUCCCAAAGAGUUGUAUAGUACUGAUUUGAGACUGGCUUGGUAUAAAACCAGCUGGCUGUUGUCUGCUUGUUCUAAAGUAGACGACUGACUCUGGAAGGUUAGGGUCAGAAGAGAUCCUCUCCCUAGGAUUCUCUUCUCAUCACCCUCUCUUUCAGGCUGGACAGAAUAGCUAGUAUGAGGAAGAAGACUGCCUGGUUUCAGUUCAGUCUUCAUCGAGCAUCUGCUGUGUGUCUAGCAUUGGGCUAGGUGCCGAGGACAGAAGAGAUGGGGAUGGCUAUAGAAGUUUGACAUCUCUGUCAUGAUAGAGCCUAUGCUGUUUGGAGUGUAGGGGGUGGUGGGGAAGACUUUUCAAAUGGCAUUUCCUCUUUGCCCAAUGUGCCGCAAGUGGGAACAGAGAAAGAGGAGACUGUAUGGGGAAUGCAUUCUGCUUCAGGAAGGAGGUAAAAAUGGGUGGGCAGAGGAAGCGACAGACCACAGUGCCUCAUACUUUAAUCGGUAAACGUUUCUUAAGCACUUACUCUGUGCCAUUCACUCUGUUCAGCACUGGGGAUAUAAAAAGAGGCAAAAGAUAAUGGAAAGUUUAGUUCGUGUGUGCUCAGAAUUGUUCCUCAGUCACCAAAAAACUCUAUCAGUGGGGAUGCGUGGAGCUCAUACGAGACCCUGCAAAGACAUGUUUAUUGGCAGCCCGUUGACAAGUAGACAUAUGCAUAGAUUGUCAUAAGCCUAAGAUCUCCCCCCACCCCUUUUUUUUAACCACCCUGAGUCAUGUCAGCCACCCACCCACCUCUCCUUGUGGAUGUGUAAGCAGGCACAAGUGCAUGUUUAUAUGUGAACCAUAUAGUUUUGGAUUCACUUUGUUUUUUAUUAUAGGUUUGCUGGUAAUCUGCUUUCUUGGACUCAUUUCUGUUUUUAAUGGACAAAAAAAGGGCCAAGAAUAGAAUUUUGUUUAAUUAUUUCAUCGUAAGGGUCUCUAUCUGUAGUGUUAUUUUCUCUCUUCUUAAAAUUUUAAACAACAAUCUAGUUUUACCUAACCAGAAGAUUUUAAUUUGGGCAGAGUGAGGAGGCUUGAAUACAUCCAGAGAUCCUGGAGAUGAUGCUACUUACUUUAGAAGCCUGGUAGUAAUAGUAGCCUGAACUACACUGAAACAUUUCAUUAACGGGUGUGCUUAACACACAGUGGAGGAGGUCUUGCUGGGACUACUGACUUUUAUUUUUACCGUGUUCCACUGGAACCAGUUUUUCUGAACUUUGUAUAUUUGUUUGGGGGACACAGCUAUUUCCCCCCAUUCUAUCUUGACAGUGGCAGAACUCUUUUUAAGAAUUAAGAAGGGGGAGAAACUGAUUGAACCACAUCCAUGAUACUGUUUUUAUUUGUAAUACUUGAAAUUUAUUUUUUUAAUAUUAUUUUGAUAGCAAAGUGCUAUUUAUUUAUUUAAUAUGUAUGAUGGCGCCAGGUGAGAGAGAGAUGUUUGGAGGGGUUGGGGGGGGGGUUUCUAAGCUUGUGACUUAUUAGGUGUGCUUUAUGUUUGUCUUAAAUAAUCACCUGGGAUAAAACUCUGCUAGCUUGUAAACAGGGUAUGCCUUUCAGAAAUUUGUAUAUUUUGCAGUUGCAAAUAAAGUAUACUGUCAAAUAUAUCUGAUUUUCAUUUGAAAAAA